UUAACUAAAAGAUACAUAACAAGUGCUCUGGAUACAAACUCUUCACUCUCGGACUGUAUUCUUUUUUUUCUUUGAGAACAAAAGUGUAUAAAUAUAAAAUAAAAAAAGAAAAUAAAUCAAGUCUUCAGUGCAAUUUGUUUUUUAAUAUGGUAAUGCUGCUGCCAUUAUUCUUAUUGAGCUUUUGCUAUAUACACAUAACCAGUAGUAAUCGAUAAAUAAAAGGUGAAAAACCAGAUGGUAAUAAUCCCAACAAACUUUAUCAAUUAAGGAGAUUGAUCAGUCUCCAAGGUCUGUGACUGAGAUCCGAAACCAAAAUAAAUUUGUCAUUAACUAAGAAUAUUACAAAAAUUUACAAAAUGGCUUCUAAUGAAAGUACAGAAACUCAUAAUAACAAAAACAAUCAACAAUCAAAGGAACAGCAGCACUUGCAACAACAUAAUGUUUUGUUAGAUUCACCAAUUCGCGGACCGACGUUAUCUACAAGCACGUCUAGCUUUGAAGCGUUAGAUCCUCACGAUCCAAAUCUUAGUAAAUUGGCUACGAAGAUGUUUCGUAAAACCGAGGAAUAUAUCAGUAACGAAUUAAAUGCACCCAUAGAGGAUUAUAAACUUUUGGAAGAUAUGAAUAAAGUGACGGCAGCCAAAUACUCUGAUAUGAGGCAAAUUGCCGAAAAUUUAAGCAUUUCCACAAUCGAUUUAAGUAACAAAUUUCAGGCAUUGGUGCCACUAAUGCAACAAAUUGACGAAAUUUCCGAUACGGUUGACAAAUUGGAAGCGGCUGCUUAUAAACUUGAUGCGUAUUCGAUAGCUUUGGAAAAUCGUGUAAAAUCUGUAUUACAAAGAAAGACCAGCAUGCCAUAAUUUUGUAAAAACAAUUUAUUCAUAAAAUCAUUACCAAGGUAUACGUGCUAGCCUAAUAUUAAUUUAAAUACUAUCGCCACCAUAUUAAGAAAUAUCAAAGGAACUGUUUAAGAAAGAGAAAACAAAAAAAGUGUUUAUGUGAAGUGUUCACCGCUUUUGCAAAUAUUAAAUACUUUUCUUACUUU